CGCUCACGUACAGCCUCUGCCGCGCGCUCACACACUGGAUCGGCUGCUCUGCUGCUCUCCUGCCUCCCCCCACACUCACACAUACACACACUCACACAUACAUACACACACGCGCGCACACACACACACACCCCUUUCAUAAGGUGCUGGCAGCAGCAGUGUUAGCAGAAGCGACGAUAGCAGCAUCGAAAGAGAGGAGGGAGCCUCGGAGACAAGAUGUAGUCGCGUGAAUGAACGUGUAUCCUCGCAGCGCUGUCCUCCUUUGCCGUGGAAUUACCGUGGAACAAAAGAGGAGGACCGUUAUUCUGCAUCUGCAAUUGCCAUUUUUCUACCUUCCCCUCCAUCGCGCCUUUUCUGCCCUCCCCUCGCGCGUGGCGUCGUUUUCGACGGAGGCUAGUGGCAGAGCUGGGGAGGAGGGAGGCUGACAAGGGCUCGUCCGCAGACUGAGAUCACCAAAGCUUCGAGGUCACCUCAGAGGCCAUUCUGCUCUUUCUUCUAUUUUCCCUCUCCCCUUUUCUUCUCGUUCGCAGGCGGGCCUUUUGUUUUCAGCUGACUUGUCCGAGGGGGUUGCCGCCGCCGCCGUGCUGAAUUGGGCUAUUGUUGGACAGGCAGGCCUCUCUCUCUCUCUCUCUCUCUCUCUCUUUAUCUAUCUCUAUCUAUCUCCAUUUUUCCCUCCAAAAUACCUUCCUUUAUGUUCCUUUCCUCCUCCUCUGGCUGCCACUCGUCACUCUCCAUCCUUUCAUUGUGAUGCACCUUGCUUAAACUCGUACGCGUAUUCAUCCAUACGCACGCGUCGUCUUCCUCCACCGCCUCCCCCCACCAGCACCCUGCUUUUUCUCAUCCCCGCAGUGCCUCAAAGUUAGCGACGCAAUGUGCCCUUCGUGGCACGUGAAUCCGGAUGUUUGCCAGGGGGUCGGCGGGAUUCGUUCCAGCCAAGGGUGAUGCCUCGGAGGACAGCCCAGCCCAGCGCUCCCACGCCCACCUCCAGCCAGCCCGCCUGUCACUGAGCACGCCCGCCUGCGCCACCACGUGUCAACCCCGAGUUUGUGUGUGUAUGUGUGCAUGCGCGCGUAUGUGUGUAUAUGUGCACGCAUGUGUGCAUGUGCGAGAGCACCCUUACCAUGACUCUGGCCUGAUCCCUGGACUGGGGUGUCCCCUGCAAAUGUGGGGGAGGGACUGAACCUCAGGUCGCUCCCCACCCCCUCCCUCCCCUUACCCCUUUCCCUCUCUCCCCUUUCCCCCCUUCCACGGGUAACCUGCCCAGCAUGAAGAAGACCCGCAGCACCAACCUCAGGCGGGCCUGGCCCAGCUCGGAUCUACCGGAGCGGGCCUUGGAGCGCAUCCGCUCUCGUAGUGAGAAGGACUACCACCUCCAUAAGCACUUUCCACCGCCCCCUCCUUCAACCCACAUCUCCCCUUCUCCGCGGGGCUACAUAACACCAGGUGAUGUAUCUCCUAUCAGUAUGUCACCCAUCAGUCAGUCUCAGUUCAUCCCACUGGGAGAGAUUUUGUGCCUGGCCAUCUCAGCCAUGAACUCUGCCCGCAAGCCUGUCACACAAGAUGCACUGAUGGAGCACCUUUCCACCUGCUUUCCAGGUGUACCCACUCCGAGUCCAGAGAUCCUGCGUCACACACUGAACAUGUUGGUACGGGAGAGGAAGAUCUACCCCACACCAGAAGGUUACUUUAUUGUUACUCCUCAGACCUACUUCAUCACCCCCUCCCUCAUCCGCACCAACAGCAAGUGGUACCACCUUGACGAGCGGCAUCCAGAUCGACAGCAACAACAACAACAACUUCAGCCACAGCAGCAGCAACAGCCACCACCACCACAACAGCAAUGUACAUCACCACAAUCUGGAACCAUCACUCCCUCCACUUCUGGAUGUGUGCGAGAAAGGCCUAAUCCUAAGAAUCACAGUGAGUCCUAUAAUGCAUAUCGUGAUGAGCUGACCAACCUUCAUACAUCCACAAUUCAGAGGAAGUCCCCAAAAGAACCCAAAGGAGAUCCCCCUUCAUACCCUCAACCCCCACCCGCUCCACCUGCCAUUCAGCACCCUCCUGAUCCCACAGACAAGAGCAAAAGCAUGACCGCCACCUUUUCUUACAAGACAGACACACUGACCAAGAAAAAAGAGGGCAGUGGUGGGGGGAGCUGUGAGAGGCAGUCUAAAAAGUUUGGGCUGAAGCUGUUCCGCUUGAGCUUCAAGAAGGACAAGACCAAACAACUGGCCACCUUUUCAGCACAGUUCCCUCCAGAGGAGUGGCCCCUGAGGGACGAGGACACGCCAUCGGCCACAGCUAUACCCCGUGAGGUGGAAAUGGAGAUCAUCCGCCGAAUCAACCCGGACCUGACUGUGGAGAAUGUGGCUCGUCAUACAGCCGUCAUGAAGCGGCUGGAGGAGGAACGUGCUCAGCGCUGUAAGGCCAACUCAUCUGCACAGCACAGUGCCCGAAGUCGGCGCAGUCGAGGCCACCGGCGCGUCCCACAUGGAAAGUCGCGUUCGCACAGCAAGACACGGGCUUCUAGAGGAGACCCCUCUGAAGGCUCAAAUCUUGACCUGCAAGCAGUAAGUCUGGAGAGGGACUACCGUUUCUUUAGCCACUCACUGGUACGCUCACCAAGAGAGGGAAUGUACACGGUGGAACGCAGGAGUGGUGGUGCCUAUCUUGUCCACAGCAACCCCAACAUUGCUGAGUCGCACUUUCCUGUUACCCCAGAGUGGGAUGUAUCGGGGGAGCUUGCAAAGAGGCGGACAGAGAUGCCUUUCCCCGAGCCUUCACGUGGGACAUCACAUUCAAAAGUGCACCGUAGCCACAGUCACACGCAGGACCGCAAGUCACGCAACGAGCGGUCUGAUAAAGCUAAAGAGCGAUCGCGUUCUAUGGACAACUCCAAGGGACCACUGGGUGGUGGGAGCUCUACACUUGGCACAGUUGAAGAUUAUGACCGCAGUACGGAUGACAGAAGCCGAUAUUAUACUGAUGAUGGGACGCUGAGGGCCUCCUCUCAAAAGGCUCCGCACUACUCGUGCAUCAUGUUCUCUGCUGCAAAGUUCAGCUCUGAAAUGUCUGUACCUGAUAUGGGCAAAUUGAGUCUGGAUGAAUCAAGACUUUGCAGUCCUCUUGAAAGGAAUAAGAGCAGGGACAGCUUGCCAGCCUACAGUGACCUGAAGGCCCUGUCGCCAAAGCCUUUGACCGAUGACUACUUCCAGUGCAAUACAUCGAAUGAAACAAUCCUUACUGCCCCACUGCCUCUGGGCAAAUCUGACCAUGACACUUUAACCCCAUCUGACGGAAUCCGCAAGGGCUCUCCAGCUGACCGGCAGACACCGCACCUCACCUCGCCUCACCCCUUGGAGUACAAGGAGGACUCCUCUACCAAGGGCCACAAUGGUUCUGGCAAACCCACACCAAGCCAGACCCCUGAGCCUAUGCCCAAUGGACGAUUGAUACAGCACCAACACAACACUGAUCCAGGGGGUGGGGGAGGUGGUGGUAGCACUGGUGGCGGGGUGGACAAGCGGAAAGAGAUUUUCAGUAAGGACACUUUGUUCAAACCGCCACAUAAUAUUUUGACUGUGAGCUAUGUGGACAGUGGCUACUCAAAGUCGGGCACUUUGCGUAAGACUCCUCACAUGAAAUCAUCCGAAGUCCUUGACACUCUGGAGACACAACAGCCACCUAACUCCACCCCUUUGUCUGCUUCUGCUCCAGCACCUACAGGCUCAGAACAGGGUGCCCCCUCAACAUCUGAGGCUGCUUUUGACUAUUACAACGUGUCAGAUGAUGAUGAUGAUGAUGAGGAGGAGGUGGAAGAAGCCCCCCAUAAAGAGGCAGCUCCAACAGAGACAAAGGGACGGUCAGGGGCUGGAGAGGGUGGCGGAGGAGUAGGGACCAUGCAGUGGUUGUUAGAACGGGAGAAAGAGCGUGAUCUACAGCGGAAGUUUGAGAACAACUUGACUCUGCUGAGCCCUAAGGAAAGUGAGAACAAUAACAGCCAAAAGUCGGCACACUCAGCACGGCUGGACAGCAUGGAUAGCAGUAGUGUGACUGUAGACAGUGGGUUUAACUCCCCUCGCACACGGGAAAGCUUGGCAUCCAACACCUCGAGCAUCGUGGAGAGUAACCGGCGACAGAAUCCGGCCCUAAGUCCAGGCCACAUGGGUACCACCAGCAUCGGCCCCCCAUUCAGCUUCCGCGCAAUCCCAGAGCCCCCUACAACGCAACCUGAGAAACUGCAGAAAUCCCCCAACUGCCUUGCCUCCAUCACCAGCGUCUGACAUGGGCCCACCUGGGGUGACGUAGGGUCAGGGUGAUCUGCAAUUUUUGGGGUGCCACAGUGCAGGAGGUUGGGUGACUCCCUCCAUCAAGCACCUCGACUAUAUGGGGACUGUUAAACCCACAGGCAUGACUUCCAGAGACUGUUCCUACAGCAUAAAAGGUCACUGCAAAAAAGAACAGAAAAGGGGGAAAAACAUAAGGAAAUUUCUCAUCAUAGGAUUUACCUUAACAAGCAAUUAAUCAGGAAAUUCUCCAGUUGGAAUCAAUCAUUAUUUUCGAAAUAGUCUUGAAAGAACUGGUAAUUUAACAUUGCUUUAUUUUCAGCAGUAUUUUUUGUCCGUCACAGAUUAGAGAUCAUGGAUUAAGUUUUGCACGCAUUAAGAAAUAGAUGCCGAUGUGCAGGUCUGAGGUAUUAACGAUGAAGAUUUGUGAUAUUGGUAUACAGUGCAAGUUUAAAAAAAUGAGGCAUAAUUUAAUUCAUGGUUCAUAAAGUUGUAUAAUAUUCUGAAAAAAUAAACCCAUCUGUCAUAAUUGCUAUUAGCUACAUUAAUAAAACAAUAAGAAUCACACGUACAUGCUUAUUACAAACAACACAUAGACGAAUUAGUGGAAAAAAAGAUCUCGUUCUGAAAUUAAAAGAUUUAUUUAGGACAAAGGACUAUUGAUUUUUUUUUAAACCCAAACUUGUGCAUACAAGUACUUUGUAUGCAACUUUACAUUACCUAAUGGAUUUACCUGGUUCAUAAAAGUUUAUAUUCAUAUUUAAUCUCAGGUCAUAAAUAGUUACUCUCCUAAGAAGAAGUUAAAACAUUUGUCUGGAAUCAUGUUUCUCUGGAUCAUUUCACCAAACUUUUGUUUCUUUGGGAAUAAAACAAUGUAUCUGAUUUUAAUUAUGUCACAAUUUUGCUAUUAGUUUAAUUUAUUGUGCUUUUUUAAAACAUUUUCCUUUUAGAAAUGAAAUAUAAAAACAUCAGACAUGUGAACCAGACACCUAUAGUCUCAUGAUCCAGAAACAUGCUUGUCUUCUGUGUAGCUCAAUGUCUUGCUGUACAAAAGAAGGAGGAUGUUGGAAAUCGCAGUGACAGGAACACAGGUGUUGUGUCUAUAACAUCCAUAGCUCCAUGGAAAGGUCAUGCCAUUCUCUUCCUUUGGGCCAGUGGGAUUCAAAGACUCUGCCCUUUUGCUGCUCCGAUAAAACCUUUAUUUUCGAAUAUUUUCCUACUUGAGUUCAAUCCACACCACAGUGAUUCUUAUUUUCAGGUUCAUUUCUUUUUUUGCAUGGGAUUUGAGCUGUUUUUGACAGUUACUCAAACCAUCUGACCUGUGUAAAAACUACAGUCCAUAUUCACAAUCUUCUCAACCCUUCAUGCCUUCACUAAAUGUUUGUUUUGGUUAGAUCUGCUUAAGUUAUGUACAAAUAAUUUGCUCCACUAUUAUUCAAUGUCAGAGAUGAAAUGGAUUACGUACCAUUUUGAUCCAUGAACGACGGCCCAUUUUCCAAGAUUGAAUUAAACAUUAAAAUACUUGAUUUGAACAUUUGGACUAUGGCUUUAACUGUUUGGCAUGACAUCUCAAGAGCGCACCGGAUCUCGUCUCUUCUGGCGGUGACUCGGUGAGGAUCGGGAAAGAGAGCAGAGCUCAUGUCACAUCCAUUGGUGCUAUUAUGUGGUGAUUCUCCUUUUUUUUUUACUUACGUUCUGUUUGUUUUGUAUGCUUCAUUGCUUUUUGAUGAGUGGAUAUCCUCAAGUGGGACUUCUUGUCGUGUUUGAGUCUUAAGACCACUUUCAGCUCACUCCCUCUCACUCUGAAUAUUAUCCACACAUACACAUACACAUGCACACGCCUGCAAUCAGCCAUGCAAACAACCCCACAUACAUGCACAUAACUAGCUACCUCCACCACCUGUGUAACAACAAGGUAGGGAUGUGUACAGAUUUGGAUUCUUUGCCUGUGGAACACAGCGCUGACACAGCCUCUUCUCUGUGAAUGUUGACAAGGAGCGGCGGACAUUGUAACUAAGAGGACUUCUUCAAAAUAAUCAGUAUUAAGUGCUGUAGUACUCAAUUUUUCUCAGUUUUCGACAGAAGUGUCUUUUACUUAUUUGCAAGUUUAAAUGUAUAAACCUGUCAAGCACUGCAUUAACGAAACAGUUCAAAUUUGAUUUUCAUUCCCUUCAAUGUUUUUGUAGGCAGCAAUUUUCAGUUCUUUUAAAGUUUAUCUAAUUUUAAGCCCAGUGAACAAUUAUCCAAUUCUAGUUUAUUGACAAUGCAACUAGACAGAGGCAAGGGUCGCAUUCACAUCCUUCUGCAUAUUCAAGAUAAUAUGAGCUAUGAUUAAGCACCUCAGCAUAUACAAUAUUCCCAAUUAAAUCAUAAUUUUAGGCUUUUUCGCACUCUAAGAUCAAAUCGAAAAGAGUUUACUUGCAGUGUGAACUUCUCACCUGCUUUUUGGCAAUACUGAUUUGCAAUAGUAUUGUUUUCAGUUUCCCACCUAAAUUUAUGAGGUCUGUGGUUAGGAUCCGGUUCUCUCUCUUAGAUCCUGCAGUUGUAGGUGGGAUGAAUAUUGAAAGACAAGAGCUUCAUAUAUUUAAUAGUAAUGAUAUAUUAUUGCUAGACAUCAUAGAAAUACAUCUGAGCGAGCACCUCAUAAAUAGAUCUAUUAAUGUAUAAUUUCGCAUAUCGUAUUGACAGAGCUUUACUUAAAACUAUUUAUAAUCACUUAAAUCACAAAAAUUCUAUUUCAGUUUACUGUACCCAGAAUUCUUAUAGUAAAACUGUCAGAAGAUGCAUUUUGGUUUUCUGUCACAUAUUUAGUUUUAAUUUUAAACCCCCCUUCACCAUCUGAUAAUCAUAUUUCUCUUUUAUUCCUCGCUUUAGUUUUUGAUAGACAAAAGGGAGUAAUGCAGCCAAGACUGCCUUGUAAAAAACAUGUUUGCACUGAAAUGCCUGGCCUCUGGUUGCUGUUAAGUUCAUCCAAGACGGAUGCUUUGUUUAUAUUGUAAAAUAUUUCAUAUGAAAUAAAAAUGACCAUGAAAUGUCUUCCCUAAACAUUAUGGAUUUUAGAACCACGUCAGACAACAUUGUUUCUAAAUGGUGACAGUGUACAGUAUCAUACUGUAAAUGAAAUCAAUCUGCCAUGCUUAGUAUAACUUCAAAAGAAAACUGAAAGAUAUGAGGGAUCUUUUUGUAAUGUCUAUAAUAUUUGAAAAGAAGUCCCUAUUUGUGUAGUAAUGGUGUUUCAUCGUUGUGGUAGUGUAUGUGAUAAACCCAGUUGGGAGAUUGUGUUACUUUUUAAGACAAUAAAAUAACAUGUUUGGUUA